GGUAUCGCCGAGCAGUUGUUGACAUCCGCAGCUGGAGGCUGGUCUUUUGGGGUCUGCUGUGGUCUGGUCUGGUCUGCACGGAUAAUAAUCAAGAGGUCUUGCUGGGUUGUUCAGUUGGAGGAAAUAUUAAUCUUGUUGUUAUGGCGCCCAUAUCCGAAGAAGCCUUUAUUGAAAAGCUUCGAUUUGAGAAAUUUGAAUCUGAACAAGCCAAGGCAGAAGAGAGUCUUGUACUACUAGAACAUGUUGUAGCUAAUUCGGAAUGGCAAACAGGAAGUGAGCUGUUGGACUUGCUUCGCAAUGUUGUCACUGCUGUGCGAGUAAAAAUGCCUUGGGAAACUACUCCUUGCAACAUGGUUCAGCGUGUCAUUAAAAUAGUGAUUGAUGAGUACAACGCUUGUCGAGAAGUCAGCGAAGGAGGAGGGUAUCAGAGCCUCAAACAGAUGAUGUUCGUUGACCCAGCCAGUGGAGAUCUUCCCGAGUGCACUGAAACCAUACCGGAACUCAGAAACAGAAUUCUCGAAGUUCUCGCCGAGCACAAAGCAGAAAUUGAACAGAGCCAGGAAUUAAUUGCAGUCCAGGGAGAGAGCAAGAUCCAUAAUGACGAAGUGAUUAUGACGUGCGGCAUGUGUCCAAUGGUUCUGGCUUUCCUCACUAAAGCUGCUAAACGAAGAAAAUUCCAUGUUAUCGUCGCUGAAUGUGCUCCAAAGUACGAUGGUCAUCAAAUGGCAAAAUCUUUGUGUUCCGCUAAUAUUCAGACAACCUUGAUACAAGAUUGUGCAGUGUUUCCCAUGAUGUCUCGUGUUAAUAAGGUUAUCAUUGGUACUCAAACUGUCUUGAGUAAUGGUGGCAUCAAGACUUUUGUUGGUGCCGCCCCUUUGGCCUCGGCAGCAAAGUUUUACUCAGUUCCAUUGUAUGUUUGCACUCCAACAUACAAAUUCAGUCUGGAGAGCAGCGAGGAAGUGAAUCACUGCGGCAGUAGGAAUGUUGUUGUUCCCCCCAACUCGGACAUCCCUUCAUCGGUUAAUGUUAUGGUGGCCAAGUUUGACUAUGUCCCUCCAGAAAAUGUUACAAGCUUCAUUACUAACAACCGUGGCAUUGCACCAUCUUACGUAUACCGCCAGCUGAGUGAACUUUACCACCCAACAUCCUAUGACCUUUGAAAUUAAAAGUAAACUCUACCCUUGAGUUUUCCCCACACUAAUAUUGAAUGUAAACUGAAUUAAAUCCGAGCAGAAAAAUUGGUAAUGUUAUGCAGAAACAUUGUCAUUUAUCAUUAGCUAUGCUUAUUGGCCUUAUCUGUUGCCACUUAGAACUGUGCAUUUUCUGUGCAGUUAUCUAUAAAAAUGCAGAUCUUAUCUUCACUUUGGUUCAUCCGUCUGUGGCUGUGG